AUGGAACAUUUUUUGGCGCCACUGCUGCAGCGUGGACACCAUGUUACGACAUUAACCAAUCAUCCAGCCAAGCAAAUGCAUCCAAACUUAACAGAAAUCCUUAUUGAGCCGCCGCUGAAUCUGGCAUACUACCAUCCUAAAGAAAACAUGUUUAAGAUGCAGUUCAGCAGUGAUUUCGAAAAUUUGCACUUAUAUUGGGAAACCGGUUUAACGAGUAGCGAAUAUGCGCUCAAUCAAUCCAACGUGAAAUCCUUGAUCGCUAGUAAAGAUUUGCAUUUCGAUCUUGUCAUCUUGGAGCAGUUCUUUCACGAGAGUUUUCUCAUGUUUGCGCACAAAUUUAAAUGUCCUGUCGUAACACUGGGCACCUUGGGUUGUGCUGACAAUAUGGAUCGUGCCAUGGGUCUGUUAACGCCCUGGUCCUUUGUGCCACAUUUAUUUCUCUCGGAUAUAAAUCAAAUGGACUUCUAUCAACGCGCUUAUAAUGUAUAUAUUUCGCUCUACGAUGCCUUCUUUAGGCAUUGGUUUUACUUGCCGCAAAUGCAAGCAAUGGCGGAGCGACAUUUCGGCGGCUUUAUCGAAGGCCCUCUCCCACAUGUGAAUGAACUGGUUCAAAAUAUCUCACUGAUGCUGAUCAACUCUCAUCGCAGCUUAGAUGCACCACGUCCAAGCAUGCCUGGCUUAGUGAGCGUCGGUGGCAUACAUAUCAAACCAGUGAAGCCGCUGCCAGCAGAACUGCAGCGCUAUCUUGACAGCUCAACAGAUGGUGUCAUCUACUUUAGUCUCGGCACGUAUAUACACAGUGUGGACAUGCCGAGUGGCCACAUCAAAAUUCUGUUGGACGCCUUCGCCCGACUCAAGCAGAAUGUCUUGUGGAAGUAUGAGAAUGCGACGAUCGACGCUGAGCUACCGCCCAAUGUGAGGAUCAGUAAAUGGCUGCCACAAAACGAUAUUUUCGCACACGCUAAUACGAAGUUAAUCAUCACACAUGGCGGCAUAUUCAGCACGCAAGAGGGUGUUUACUGGGGCAUACCGCUCUUGUUUAUACCGAUCUUUGGUGAUCAGCAUCGCAACGCGCGAAAGGCAGUACACGCUGGCUAUGCGCGCUCUUUACUCUUCGAUAAAUUGACGAGUGAUGAUCUGGUGCAAAACAUACAACUGCUGCUGAAUGAUCCUCAAUACAAGCAAAAGGCUUUGGAGGCUUCAGGCCGCUUUAGAGAUAAUCCUAUACAUCCAUUGGAGGAGGCCACCUACUGGAUGGAAUAUGUGAUGAGACAUAGCGGCGCCCCACAUUUGAAAUCGCGUAGCGCUUACAUGCCGCUCUAUCAGUACUUGUUAUUGGAUGUGUUGGGCUGUACGCUAUUGUUGGUGUUAUUGAUUGUUUUGUUGAUUAUUGUAAUCGUAAGAGUACUUAAGCGUUGCCUUGCAGUAAGGCUGAAAGCAAAUGAGGACAGGCAAAAAAAGCAGAAAUAA